CUUGCUAUCUGGGCGCUGAAGAAGAGAAGGAGGGUAGAGUGGCAAGCUGUGGAAUUGGAAACGGCGGUGAAAUUUUCCUGUAAAAUCCCUGGCUCAUCUUCAUUGCAUUAAGUGAACCAUAAAUCUCAAGUAAUAUGAAUGGUGAUUCAGCAGCUGGUGUGGUGACUUCCCCACCCCCAACAAAUGCUCCGCACAAGGAACGCUACUUUGAUCGCGUAGAUGAAAACAGCACUGAAUAUCAAAGGGAGAGGAACAUGGCCCCUGAUCUUCGGCAGGACUUUAACAUGAUGGAGCAAAGAAAGAGAGUUUCAAUGAUUCUUCAGAGUCCUGCUUUUUGCGAGGAGUUGGAAACCAUGAUUCAGGAUCAACUGAAGAAAGGAAAAAAUCCAACAAGCCUUUUGGCACUUCAACAGAUUGCUGAUUUUAUGACCACAAGUAUGCCAACCAUGUAUCCAGCAGCACCCCAGGGAGGCAUGGCAUCUCUCAACAUGAGUCUUGGAAUGGUGACCCCAGUUAAUGACUUGCGUGGAUCUGAUUCAGUUGCCUAUGAGAAAGGAGAGAAGCUGCUCAGGUGCAAGCUGGCAGCUUUCUACCGACUGACUGAUCUGUUUGGAUGGUCUCAGCUGAUUUACAACCAUAUAACAGUUAGGCUGAAUUCUGAGCAGGAGCGUUUCCUUAUUGUGCCUUUUGGACUACUAUACAGUGAAGUCACAGCAUCAAGCCUGGUAAAAAUAAAUCUUCAGGGGGAAAUUGUUGAUCGUGGCUCUACUAACCUUGGAGUGAAUCAAGCAGGAUUUACAUUACAUUCUGCAGUUUACGCAGCACGACCUGAUGUGAAAUGCAUCGUACAUAUUCAUACACCUGCUGGAGCAGCUGUAUCUGCAAUGAAGUGUGGUUUGCUGCCUAUCUCUCCUGAAGCACUUUCUCUGGGAAAUGUAACUUACCAUGAUUACUGUGGGAUCCUAGUUGAUGAAGCAGAAAAGGUCCUCAUACAAAAAAACCUCGGUCCAAAAAGCAAGGUUCUUAUUUUAAGAAAUCAUGGUUUGGUUUCAGUUGGUGAAACAGUGGAGGAAGCAUUUUACUACAUUCACAACCUAGUUAGAGCAUGUGAAAUUCAGGUUCGUACCUUAGCUAGUGCUGGAGGUCCAGAUAAUCUUGUUUUCCUGGAUCCUGAAAAGUAUAAAGCACGGUCACGUACCACAGAGCCCAUGACUGGAGAGGCAAACGGAUCACAUCCAAAGUGGCAGAUUGGAGAACAAGAGUUUGAGGCAUUAAUGCGAAUGCUGGAUAAUCUGGGAUAUAGAACAGGCUAUCCAUAUCGAUGCCCAGCUCUUCGUGAAAAAACUAAAAAGUACAGUGAUGUGGAAAUUCCUCCUUCUGUCACUGGGUACUCAUAUAUGGAUGACAGUGAUCCAGGUGCUCGUUCUCCUCUCAGACACAGUUUUCAGAAACAGCAACGAGAGAAGACAAGAUGGCUGAACUCUAACAGAGUGGAUGAUGCCUCUGAAGAGGGGCCAAACGACAGCAGCCCUAAAUCGAAGACUAAGGUGUGGACGAACGUUACACAUGAUCACGUGAAACCCUUGCUGCAGUCUCUCUCGUCCGGUGUCUGCGUGCCAAGCUGUAUUACCAACUGCUUGUGGACAAAAGAGGAAGGACUUCGUCAAGCCUCCACUGCUGCACCAAAUCAGUUUGUUCCUUUAAACACUAAUCCUAAAGAAGUCCAAGAAAUGAGGAAUAAGAUACGUGAACAGAAUUUGCAGGACAUUAAAACUGCAGGUCCACAGUCUCAGGUGCUUACCGGAUCUGUGCUUGAUCGCAACUUUGCACAGAAAAGUACAGUGUGGCAGGAUGCUCCUCUCUCAGACUGUUCGGAAACUAUUGAUGGGCUCGAUCUCACAGAGCAGACCUAUAGUCCUGCUAAGUCUAUUAGAAAGGGAGAGUUAGUAACUGCUUCUAAAGCCAUCAUUGAAAAGGAGUACCAGCCUAAAGUCAUUGUAAGCACUACCGGGCCAAACCCAUUCAGCAAAUUAACUGACCAGGAACUAGAAGAAUAUCGUAAAGAAGUAGAACGCAAACAGAAGGGAGAAGAAGGUGAAGCAAUGGAACUGACCCACUGUGAUACACCCCUCUCGGUACUCAUGAAGACAGAGAACAGGGUUGAUUCUCAUUGUGUUAGCCCAAAGGAAUCACAGCCUUUGAAUUGUACAAAUAAACUAGAAGACAUGUGUAAAGAAAAAGAAGCUGAGCAUCUCUUCAUCACUGAACAUGUGGACAUGCUGCAUUCUGAAAAUGUUAUGAAAGAAAACAUUGAGCCAAACAAUUUGAAUUUAGAAAAUUCUGAUGUGGAGGAAGUGGACUCGCCACACAAGGAAUUUCAUACAGCAGUCAUCAAAGCCUUGAGUUCAAACUCUGACCUAUUAAAAGAUAACUCAGACUCAUCCCAGCCAGAGCCUGAAGAUGCAAUAGAUCUGAGGCCUACUGUUCGCACCCCCACCCGCACACCUCCCAGCACUCCUAUAAAACCGGAAGAAGAUCACCUAGAGACCCAGCAGGAGCAGACAUACAAGGAUGAGAGUGAUGCAGCCACAUUGAGACAGACUCUGCCUGACCUGACUCCCGACGAGCCCUCAGAAGCCCUCGCCUUCCCAGUUUCAGUGGGGGAAGAGACAGAAUGUCACCCAGAAGAGUCCGCCCAGAGUCAGACAGAGCAGCAGCUUCACGUUGACCCAAAUGUUGAAGACAAUGAUUCCCACCCUCCACCUGCUGAACAUGCCAGCUCCCCAACCACUGACGAUCCAGCAGCGGCAGCCACUACUGCUGACCCAGGCAGUGAUGAAUCACCCAGCAAAUCCCCUUCAAAGAAGAAGAAGAAGUUUCGUACCCCAUCUUUCCUGAAAAAAAACAAGAAAAAGUCUGAAUCUUAAAGGUCUCCUUAUAUACUUAAUAUUAUACUGUUUUUUAAAUACAUAAACUAUAUAUAUUAUUAAACAAUAACAUAUUAACUUCAUUUAGCCACUAAGAAUGUAUUGGAUUAUAUUGACUUCGUCUUUAAAAAAAAAAAAAGUAGAAAGAAAUGCAAAAUAAACAAACGUUUCAUUACAUCAUAACUGUUAAUUCUUGUAUCUCAUGUGAAGAAUUUUAAAAACAAAACGGUGCUAUUCUGUUUUAUUUGAUAGCAGCUAACUAUCUGUGUCAUGUUGCUGAAAGCUUAUUAAUUAUUCACCGCAAUCAGUUUUCUUUUAAUGAUCAUCUUUUUAAGAAUUUAUUAUGAUCCUGAAAUAUAGCUUACGCACAGUAUAGUCGUAAAUACCCUAACAUUUUGACACUUCUCUCUACAAUGUUUUUGCCGCAGGUAAGCAUUCUCUACAAUAUAUUACAAUGUGAAGUUUUCCCGAUGUAACAGUGUUAAGUUACAGUCAUUAUUAUACAUGAACGGUAUAUUUCAUAUUUAAAUGAGCAUGCAUUUUAAUUACCAUCCUUUUUUCCAUAUUUACAAUAAUUAUCACUGAAAUUCCAAGUUUGAAAGUAUAAUUUAUUUUUUAAUGUGCAGGAAAAAACAAGCUUAAUUACGCAGUGAACAAAAUAGAGCCUGUGUUAGACGGUGGGGGGAAAUCAAGAAAACCAUACAAAGAAAAAACAAUGUGUGUGUGCAUGCAUAACCGCAUGUCAAAAUGUAUGUAACUAUUACAAUUUCUGGCGUAUUGAUUUAAAAAAGUGAACAAUUAAGGUGCAAAUGUAUCUGAAUGACAGGAGGUUUUGUUUGACCAGCUUACAGAAAAGCGUUUUGAUUGCUUUGUUUUAAUCACAUGAUCUCGAAAGGUGAGUUAAAUCCACCUGUCGUAACUACAGAGGGCUUCUCAUCAGCUGUCUUGUUAUGUCGUGUAUUUUGCUGGGAUUAUGAAGUUCAUGUGCCAGAGAUAAGCUGCUGUGGGUAGAUGGUUGGAUGUGGACAUGCUCACUUUUAUUACUUGUAAAUUGGUAUUUUGAUUUAAACUGUUUGACAUUAAAAUUUGCCCAAACAAGUUAUUUAAGUUUUAUUUUGUUUCUCAGUAAAUAAGUAAAUGUUAUAGACAUGGUUAGCUAAAAUAUGAUUUACUAAAAAAUUGCAAUAAGAGGCUCUUUGUAUUUUUUAGUUACAACAUUUUUAUGAAUUGCUCAUUUUUUCACUGUUAUUUUAUGAUCUAGCUCUUGACAAAUUGUAUCUUAAAUAACAUACUGGUCAUUUUCCAGGUUAAAAAUUGAUUUAGUUAAUCUGCUCUACACAAUGUAUAUGGUGCAGAUUUGAUCUGAAUGGCUUAGACAUUUUAAGUGCGCUCACAUUUUUACUGGGGAGGUAAAGGUGUGAAAGUGUAAUAUCAUGUUCUUUAUUUUUGGAGUAAGGUACCAUUAGUCUUCAUAAAUCUGAUGCUAAAAAUUCUGAGAAGCUAGCUAUAUAAACUACAGUAAAUCAGAAAUAACCUGACGUACUAAUUUCUUAAGUAAAAACCUAACUGAAUAAAAAAACUAAAAAGUGGGACAUUGUUCUGUGGACCACUUUUUAAACACGGCACAACUAGCUUAGGACUGUAUGUGCAAAAUCUUAGUAAAAACAACAAUAAUCACUAUAAAGAUAUGUUUGAUGGCCUGCAUGCCAUUUUAUACAUCUCCUUAAACUUUAAUUUUCAUUUUAUUUCAUUGGAUUUCAUUAGCCUUUGCAUAGUGAAGUUGCUAAGCCAUUACUGCAUUUUAUUUUAUUUUUUAUUAACUUUUGUCUAGGCUUGUACAGGUACAUAUGCAACAAUUUGUAACUUCUCAUUUGUACCUCUUCUAUGAAUUCUUUCUAUGUGUUCAAUAUAGCUGUGUAAUUUUGCACAAUUUCAAAACAGAAUUGUGGGAUUUUAUCAUUAUUUGUUUCACCUACCAAUAAAUAUUUUCCUUUAAAUA